UUAAUUCCCAGUGUAACAUUAUUGGUGCUGUGUCUCUAUUAUGUUAUGUAUGCCCUUUUGUAUUGAAGCUGUUCUGGAUUCAGGACGUCCAGCAGAAGCUAUUUUCAGAGAAGUUGGGACUUAACCUCAGCAAGGAGAUCAUGGACAGCAGAAAGAGGGCAGCAGCUUCUUCCAACUCUCCAAGUUUGGUUUUCUGGUCCUCGUCGUUCCCACGGCAACCGGCCAGGGUCCUAAUUGUGGAGGCGCUGCCGCCUCGAUGGUCAGAGACCCGCACGGUUCUUUGCGAUGCCCUGGACAACUUCUUGUCUCUGGCCUCUAGUCUGGAUGGGCCCUGUAGGAUACCUCUACUGAGCCUGUAUGCCGUCAGCAGGCAGCGGGAAUGUCUACUGCCAUUUGUGCAAGUUCGUGGUAACUUCGCCAGGCUGCAUUCCUGUGUUGAAGAGCUGAGGUCUAUUCCAAGUGAAGGUUGUAUCAGAGGAGCAGCCGCAGGAGCUGAUCUGCUGCGACAGGCAGUGCUGGACAGUCUGCAGCAGUUUAAACAGUACAUCAGACACACCAGCGCUGGCAGUCAGGCCGGCAGCAACAUCUCUGUGGAGGUUACUCUGGUGACCAGCCAGCCAGGCCGUAGCAUUGUUCAUCAGCUGGAGAUGGGGCUCAAAGAUGCUGACCUGGUUUCACUGAAGCGACUCCUGGUAGUGCAGAUCUACAGCACAGCAGACUGGGGCCAAGACGCUCUCUCACCUGAGCCUGCCGCACCCUCAGAGACUGAAGACUCUCUGAUGCUGGGGACAGAGGUCGACCUGCAGCAGGUGGAGAACACUGUGUUUGCCAUAGAGACUGUGUUCAAGGCAUGGCUUCAGGAACAAGGUGGAGACAGAGAGCACCUUCACCUCUUGCUGCCAAGCCCCAUGGAUAACCUCAUUCCAGUGUGCGUGAAGUGUGACAUGCAGGAGCGCAUGAUAAGCCCGGCGCUCAUCCCGCUGACCCCGAAACUGGGAGUGAAGACUGAGAGCAUUCGGGACUUCCUGCCUGGCACUAAGGGCUCGGCCAAUCAAAGCCCAGCACCGCAGACACUGAAAGUGAUCAAAGUUCUGCGUGCAGAUGGGGUGUGUGAGAGUGUGUUGUACGGCCUUCCGUUGGUGAUCCGCCCAACCACCUGCUGGCAGCUGGACUGGGAUGAAAUGGAGAACAACCAGAACUUGUUCCAUGCCCUCUGCCACACACUCAGGAGUCGUGACCUGUUCCUGCUGCUGCAGGUGGAGCCGGCUCAGAAGUCUGCAGCUGGAGCCUCAGGUCCAUGUGUGUAUUCCCACUAUAUCCUCCAGCCAUCUCCAUCUCUCUCCCUGCUGCUGAAGCCUGUGGUCUCCAGAGAGCUGCUGCUGCCGUGCUCACAGCUGGCUUUGGCUCAGGACCCUGCACAUCACGCCAUGCAGACUAUACAGAGCUGUCUCACUCAGCUGGAUGAGGAGUUUGUUUUAAACCCUCUCUCCCUGAGCAGUAACCUCUACCAGCACCUCAGGAGCCGAGGCCUGCUCUCACAGCCGCGAUACCCAUACAGGAUUCAGCCACCACAGGAGGGCCCUAAAAGCACAGGCAGCAGACAGCCACGGCAGCUACAAAACUACAGUCGCCAACUGGGAAUGAACAACAAGGUCAGGGCCACCGUUGCUCCGCUACCCUCCUCCUCCGCCGCCUCCUCUUCCUCCUCGCUGGGACCUCCUCCCAGCAAGGCCUCCCGCCCAGCUCUGAACUUCCUCAGCAGCAGCAGCAGUGGCAGCAGUCGGGCCCCGGCCCCUACCCGGCAAGAGGGAAAUGAUGAUGAUGAUAACUCUGUGCUAAUACAGUAAGAGUGCUGCAGGGUUAGUAGCAGAAAGUGGGGAAAAGUCCAUUGUUGCAUACUUCAAAGGGGUUCCAGUGGAGUCAGAGUACCUGCAAAUGCAUAAACCCUCACACACACACACACACAUAUUUGGCUAAUUGGUUUCCACUGUAAAGCUGGUGAGCAAUCAGGCAGCUCAUAAAGCCUUCAAAGAAAGGAAGAGACAAGCUAAUUUGCACGUAAAUGCACACAGGAGGUAGUGUGACACGCUGUGAACACACUUACUCUGCACUGCACUCUGGGUGGUUCUUCUGACACUUUCUUUCAUCUCUAUUUAUUCUCACCGCUCGCUCGCUCGAACAAUAUUAGUUAGAUCUGAAUUUAACAAGCCUCCGUCGCUGCAUUUGCAAGCAUGUGUGUGUAUGUGUGCAAGUGUGAAUGUGAGAAAGGAAAGUUUCAGCUCGCUGCCAUGUGCAGAUUGCUGAGUUAGCAAAACGGCAAAAUCACACACCGUAAACAAUGAAAAAAAAAAAAGCAGGAUAAAAGAUGAAAAGAAGGGAAGCGGCAGGACAAUGAAAGCGUUAAACAGUCACCCAAAAAAAAUGGAGGGAAGUAAUAAGAAGUUGCAAAAAAAAAGAACAAACGUGGGUGGUGUGUGGGAGAUCAGAGGAAGAUUAAAAGCUGAUGGAUGUAUAAAAAGCACUGUCUGUGCACUACAGCACGCACGCUGGCACGCACAGCUUUAAGU